AUUUGCGUUCAACCUCACCGCUGGCAAGACCUCAUGAGUCGCAACAGCAUGUCCAACUCAAUGGAUCCCCAGCUAGCGGAGUCAAAGAAGCGCAAAAGGAAGCGGACGAAGCCCACACAAGCAACACCCGAAACGCAAGCCGCACCAUCUCCCCACGUAGACCGAAUCCUUGCGUCCGCGAACGAACCGCAAGAGAAGAGCAAAAAGAGACGGAAGACGUCACAUGCGAGCGAAGACGAAGAUAACGUCGAGAUCAAAGCUUCAGCCAAAGCGGUGAAAGAUGCUCCAGAAGAAGCAGAAGAAGGGUCUUCGGACAGUGAGGUGGACGACGAAAUCGACAACGAUGAUGAAGCAGGCCCUGAACUCGAAGAGACUGUCGAUACCACAACCAUGAGCACGGAGAUCACUUCUGCUCCUGCUUCAACAGACCUGCCUACAGACACCGUUCCGUCUCUGCCUGGCACUGAAACCACCCCUCAAGCCUUCUCCGAACUCAGCCUAUCUGAAAAGACCAUGCAAGCCAUCACAGAAAUGGGCUUCACGAGCAUGACCGAGAUCCAAAGGCGAGGCAUUCCUCCGCUGAUGGCAGGCCGCGACGUUCUCGGAGCCGCCAAAACCGGUUCUGGAAAGACGCUCGCCUUCCUGAUCCCUGCUGUGGAAAGGCUGCACGCUCUACGGUUCAAGCCGCGCAACGGCACUGGCGUCAUCGUCGUCUCGCCCACACGAGAAUUGGCACUGCAAAUUUUUGGUGUUGCCCGCGACCUGAUGCAAUUCCACAGUCAAACCUUCGGAAUCGUCAUUGGAGGCGCAAACCGCAGCGCCGAGGCGGAAAAGCUCACCAAGGGCGUCAACCUCCUGAUCGCCACCCCGGGCCGGUUGCUCGACCACCUAAAAAACACCAAGGGCUUCGUCUACAAGAACGUGAAGGCUCUCGUGAUUGACGAAGCCGAUCGCAUCCUGGAAGUCGGAUUCGAAGACGAAAUGCGUGAGAUUGUCAAGAUCCUCCCGGACCGCGACCACCGGCAGACCAUGCUCUUCAGCGCGACACAGACCACCAAGGUCGAGGACCUGGCCCGCAUCUCCCUCCGCCCCGGCCCGCUGUACAUCAACGUGGACCACAAGAAGGAGCACAGCACGGUCGAAGGACUCGAACAGGGGUACGUGAUCUGCGACUCGGACAAGCGCUUCCUGCUGCUCUUCAGCUUCCUGAAGCGCAACCUGAAGAAGAAGGUGAUUGUGUUCAUGAGCAGCUGCAACUGCGUCAAGUACCACAGCGAGCUCCUCAACUACAUCGACCUGCCCGUGCUCGAGCUGCACGGCAACCUUAAGCAGCAGAAGCGGACCAACACCUUUUUCGAGUUCUGCAACGCCACCCACGGCACCCUGAUCUGCACCGACGUCGCCGCGCGAGGCCUCGACAUCCCCGCCGUCGACUGGAUCGUGCAGUUCGACCCCCCGGACGACCCGAGGGACUACAUCCACCGGGUGGGCCGCACGGCGCGCGGCGCCAACGGCAAAGGGCGGAGUCUGAUGUUCCUGCAGCCGAGCGAGGUCGGCUUUUUGAGCCAGCUGAAAGAGGCCCGCGUGCCCGUGGUCGAGUUCGACUUCCCGGCCAAGAAGCUGGUCAACAUCCAGAGCCAGCUCGAGAAGCUGAUCGGGCAGAACUAUUACUUGAACAAGUCCGCCAAGGACGGCUACCGCUCGUACCUGCAGGCCUACGCCUCCCACAGUCUGCGCUCCGUCUUCGACGUCAACAAGUUGGACCUGGUCAAGGUCGCAAAGAGCUUCGGCUUCCCCACCCCGCCGAGGGUGGAUAUCCAGCUGGGCGCGAGCAUGCGAGACAAGAAGCAGAACCCGGCGAGGAGGAGCUAUGGGAGCCAGCCCAGGCAGAAGAAUGGGUUUAAGCGGAGAUGAGAGAAAUCAAAUAUGUCUGUCGAUUGUUGGGGAGGGCGAUUCAAGUGACGCUCUCGUCAAUGUGUCAGGAGCUAAUGGAGUUGGACAUGGUGUUUGACUUGGCCUCACUUAACAUCAAAGGGCUGGCUGACCUCGUUCAUCAAUCUAAUCGAGCCCUUGACAUUGUUGACUUGCCUAAUCCCUGAGUUCCUCGCACUCUGACACUCUCCUUUCCUCAAUCUGUCCAGUUCUAUGUACCCUUAUCAAUGCUUUAUCUGCAUGGACGAUUCUCUCGCUCCUCACGAAGCCAUCAUGGUCGAGAGCUUCUGAAAGUCUGGCGUGCCCCAGCCCGUCACUGGAUCCCACCCUGGCGCCGCAUCCCAACCGGCAUCCGUAAUCUUGGGCGCUGGCUGGCCCGUAUACAUGUCCUGGCCUGAACAUCCGCGAGACCGUCCCAGGGUGAUAUCGUUGAAUGCCUGGUAGCCCUGCGAGUACAACCAAGGGUUCAGGAAUCCGAGCUUGGCCUUUCCCUGCGCCAGACGUUUAUUGUUCAAAUUGGAGAUAAUGGCGGCAAAAGUUGGCGCUGCGCAAGACGUUCCGUACAAGAAUUGUGGAUGAUCUUGGUUUUCUAUCAGGUAGCGCACAGAUUGGGCUGAGACAUCCGGAUACCCUCGCCCAGAGGCAUUAAAAUACCCUUUGUUCUUGUUGCCCAAUUUGCCCAGGUACGCCUUGGUGACGUUGAUUUGGUAAGAGGGUGCCGCGAAGUAGUUGGAAAACCCUCCUGACGAGAAGGCAGCUGCAAUUUCCGGAUUCAAGGCGUAGGUACCUCCCACAGCGGUUACAUAGGGGCACGUCGC